AUGGAGGCCAUAUGGCUCUAUCAGUUCCGGCUGAUCGUCAUCGGGGACUCCACGGUGGGGAAGUCGUGUCUGAUCCGCCGGUUCACGGAGGGCCGCUUCGCCCAGGUGUCCGACCCCACCGUCGGCGUGGACUUCUUCUCCCGGCUGGUGGAGAUCGAGCCGGGCAAGAGGAUCAAGCUGCAGAUCUGGGACACCGCCGGCCAGGAGCGCUUCAGGUCCAUCACCAGGGCCUACUACCGUAACUCCGUGGGCGGGCUCCUCCUGUUCGACAUCACCAACCGCCGCUCCUUCCAGAACGUCCACGAUUGGCUGGAGGAGGCUCGCAGCCACGUCCAGCCCCACAGCAUCGUCUUCCUACUGGUGGGCCACAAGUGUGACCUGGAGGCACAGCGCCAGGUGACCCGCCAGGAAGCAGAGAAGCUUGCGGGGGCUUACGGGAUGCGCUACGUGGAGACGUCGGCCCGCGACGCCAUCAACGUGGAGCACGCCUUCACCGAGCUGACCAGAGACAUCUUCGCUCUGGUGCGGUCCGGCGACAUCUCAAUCCAGGAGGGCUGGGAGGGCGUGAAGAGCGGGUUCGUCCCAAAUGUUGUUCACUCCUCGGAGGAAGUGACCAAGAGUGACCGCCGCUGUCUGUGUUGAUCUGGGACGAAGUUUUUGGGGACUGAAGGUGAAAAAGGGGAGGAGUCAAGGAAGGAUUCAGAGGAGAGUAGCUGACGGACUGAAGGUGUCAGCACUCUGAUUGAAACUCCCGGUAAACCCUCUGUGGUUGUUUGUUCAGACUGGAUACAGAAGGGGAUGUUUGAGGACUUUCAAUGGAGAAGAACACCUUGAACGCAGGGUUGUGCCCAUAUCUGUAUACCUUUUGUUUCUCGGAGAGGAAGGAUCACAGAUUCUCAUCAAUUCCUUCUGUUUUGGGGCUUCUUGCUUGGAAAAUCCUUCCCUUAACGUCUUAGAAAAGGCCUUAGAAAGAGGACCCAUGUUGGUUCUUGCCAAUCAUGUUUUUGGUUGCCAAAAUACAAUGAAACUCUAAACUACUUUCUCCCAUCGUCACUUCCAUCACCUCGCCUCCCACUACUUCUUAAUCUUCUCCUCUCCUCCAAUAUGCAAUUACAUGAUCACCUACCAAACGGUCACUUUUUACGUUGGUGUCCAACAUCGUCCGAGCACAUAUCAUUUAAAAAAAAAAAGUUAAGUCGGCGGUCUCGUUAACAAGAGUUGCGAUACUCUUGUGCUGAUAUUAAACCAUCAGAGGUCAAUAGAGGAGUCCUGGAGAGAAUGAUUUCAAUGACAUUGACAACAUGGUUAUACGCUCCAUAAUUCCGCUAAAUGCCAUAAUAAUAACAAAACAUCGUCACUCAUCCAGUUCCUGAUCGACUCCCGAAGCAGGAAGAGACAACGUGUACAGCUUAUCUGACCGAGGUGGACUUGUUGGACAAGCUUAACAACACCUCGCUGUCUGCCUUUAACUGGGGACUUGUUAAGGUUGACUAAUAGGAGGGUUGGAGCACCUUAACAGCCAAGUCCACCUUAACUGUGGAGCCUCAUUUGGGACUUUUGAAGAUAAAACAGUGGAUAUUCUUGAAAGCAAAGCAAACAUAGAGGGACCAGACCAACACAGACUCAAAAAACCCCACAAAAGAACAAUUAUUAUUAUUAUCCACAAUGCACGGACGAUAUAAUCAUGCAAAGAACGUCCAAUUGGCAGGAAUCAAAUCAACCCAACACAGAUACAGGCACGGGGAAACAGAGGUUCAAUUCUGUCCUGAGCCAGAAGAAGAUUAUAUGCCUUUUAUUUGUGUGCGCAAUAUCUCAUUGAACUUUUCUUUUCAAUACACUGCACAGGUUGAUGCACCUGGAAUAGUCCUUACACACUACACAUUUUGUACGGAUCGGGUAGCUUUAUGAUAGUAAAAAAGCCAACUGUAAACUGCUACCAAGAGGCAAUGAAAUCUGAUUUGGAAGGUGGUUUUGGAUGCAUUCAAUCCAGAUGUUGAAAAGGUUUAAAUGCAUCUGUCUUUGAGAGACUUACACUCAGUUCCAGGGUACUAGCUACACCUCGAUGAAAAUAUUGCAGCUAUGUUCAGUUUUUGUUGAAACUGGUUUAAAGGAGGUGUUGCUACAACUGUAUGAUCAUUUUUGGAAGAUCCAGAUUGUUGUGCUCUUGAGUUGUAAUACAUCAUAAGAGGUGUUUCUGUUUCUAUACUCUUAGAAAUAAGAGUUCAACACAGGCGUUUUCCAGAAGGGAUGAGGUUCUACCAAGAAACAUUUGCCUCUAAAGAACCCUUUGUUUGAAGAGAGGGGUUUUCAAGGGUUCUUUGUGAGACUAAGGGUUAGGAUAAGAACCCUUUUUGGAAGACAGAGUUCUUUAAGAAUUAUGGCCCAAUUAUGGUUCUGGUUGCAGUUUUUACGUAUCCAGAGAGGAAUCUUGGUGGAACCUUUCAUGGGUGGUUCUAGGUACAACUCUUUAGGUCUGGUUCUUGGUAGAACCAUCUGAAAGGGUUUCAAAAACUAAAAAGGGUUCUUCUAACCCUAGAUGGUUCUAGUUGGAUUCAUUUCUAAGAGUUUGCCUUCAUUGGUAUAAAAGGUUUUGACAUAUUAGAAACAUGUAUCAUUUCACAAACUGCAGCCUCCAAAAUAACCAUGUGGUUGAAUCAACAUCUCUCUAAAAUCAACUCAAAACUAAAUCUGAAUAUUAUAACUUUCAUGAAUGCCAGACUUAUUGUUCCCACGGAGACGAGAAAAACUGUAACAAGGUUUAAAACUCCCAUUUUCUGCCCUUUGUGGUUCUGUGUGAAUUUAUCUUUUGAGUUGGUAUUUAUUCUACUGAUACAUUUUUCACUCAAGAUGUCAGGAAAGGUACUGACGUUUGUUUAAAUGCCAAGGAAAAUCAGAGGUAGUGAAUCAUACUGCUAUAUGUUAUAUAAAGGUGUUUUCAAGGAGCAGCAAAAAAAUCACGUUUGUUGGCAGGCGAUUCAUCUGCUUUACUGAUAUCACAAGUAAUCUUAAUUCCCUUCAAAAUAUAUAUUAUUGUGAGAUAAGCAUUGGACCAAAUAUAUUCAUAUGGUUUUACGUUGUUUUUUUUAUUAAACACAAAAAACAACAUACUUGGCCAUAUUUAUAAUUUAAACACUGACGAGGAACAGAGACUUUAAGCAUUGUAAGCAAUUAAAUGUACCUUAUCUACCUUAAACACCUGGAUGGCUUGUUGUGGAUCUGUAUUUCUAUACAUUUUGUUUUGCAGAAGUCUUUUCUUUUCACAUGAUUGGAUUAGCAUUUUAUUCUUAAACUCCUUUUUGAAUGCCAAUGUCGAUCCUUGCUAUGAUCUCUGCUAUAUUUCUUCAUUUUAAUGACUUCAUCGAAUGCCUUUCCCCCCUACAGUUCAUUAUUACAGUGAGGAAACUGUAAGUGCUUCUUUUUCUCACACGGUUUGCCUUCUUUGUCUCCAAAGAGUUAUG